UGUUAGUCAGCAGAUAUUAUAGUGAAAGUUCACAAUUGAGAAAAAGGAAAAGAUUGUUGUAAAUUUAAACUUUUUUCGCUUCAAAUUGCUCACUAUCAUAUAGAAUAAUGGCAUCACAAACACCGCAAGAGAAACAAGAGGAAUUAGCCACCGCUAUUUUAAAACAGAAAGCUAAACCUAACAGAUUAAUCGUUGAUGAAGCUGUGAAUGAUGAUAACUCAGUUGUAACCCUAUCCCAGGCAAAAAUGGACGAGCUGCAAUUAUUCCGGGGAGAUACUGUCCUUGUGAAAGGAAAGAAACGUCAGGAUACUGUUUGUAUUGUAUUAAGUGAUGACACAUGCCCUGAUGAAAAAGUAAGGAUGAACCGUGUCAUUAGAAGAAACUUAAGAGUUCGACUUGGAGAUAUUAUAAACCUUCAAGCUUGUCCUGAUGUAAAAUAUGGCAAGAGAAUUCAUGUUCUCCCAGUUGAUGAUACUGUUGAAGGCCUCACAGGAAAUUUGUUUGAUGUCUACUUGAAGCCAUAUUUCUUGGAAGCUUAUCGACCUAUAAGAAAAGGUGACAUGUUCUUGGUUCGGGGUGGUAUGCGUGCUGUGGAAUUCAAAGUGAUUGAAACUGAUCCAUCGCCAUACUGUAUUGUUGCUCCUGAUACAGUUAUCCAUUGUGAGGGUGAACCAAUCAAGCGCGAGGAUGAAGAGGAAUCAUUGAAUGAGGUUGGUUAUGAUGAUGUUGGUGGCUGUAGAAAGCAACUGGCUCAAAUCAAAGAGAUGGUUGAAUUGCCAUUGAGACAUCCACAACUUUUCAGAGCAAUUGGGGUCAAACCUCCACGUGGAAUUUUGUUGUAUGGACCUCCUGGGACAGGCAAGACAUUAUUGGCAAGGGCUGUUGCUAAUGAAACUGGUGCUUUCUUCUUCCUAAUCAAUGGUCCAGAAAUAAUGAGUAAACUUGCUGGAGAAUCAGAGAGCAACUUAAGAAAAGCGUUUGAAGAAGCUGAGAAGAAUUCACCUGCAAUCAUAUUUAUUGAUGAAAUUGAUGCCAUUGCACCGAAGCGUGAGAAGACCCAUGGCGAAGUUGAACGGCGUAUUGUGUCUCAAUUAUUGACACUUAUGGAUGGUUUAAAACAACGUUCCCAUGUAAUUGUCAUGGCUGCUACAAACAGACCAAAUAGCGUUGAUACUGCCUUGAGGAGAUUUGGUCGAUUUGAUCGCGAGGUUGAUAUUGGAAUUCCAGACGCAACUGGAAGACUGGAGAUUUUAAGAAUUCACACAAAAAACAUGAAGUUAGCAGAAGAUGUCGAUCUGGAACAAAUUGCAGCCGAGAGUCAUGGCUACGUUGGUGCUGAUGUUGCAUCAUUGUGCAGUGAAGCUGCUUUACAGCAGAUUCGUGAGAAAAUGGAUCUUAUUGAUUUGGAAGACGAAACAAUUGACGCAGAGGUUCUUGAUUCACUUGCAGUCAACAUGGAUGACUUCAGAUACGCAAUGGGCGCCUCUAAUCCGUCUGCUCUUCGUGAGACAGUGGUGGAAGUUCCAACAGUCACCUGGGAUGAUAUCGGUGGUUUGGAAAGCGUUAAAAAAGAAUUGCAAGAGUUGGUUCAAUAUCCAGUAGAACAUCCCGAGAAGUUCCUGAAGUUUGGCAUGACACCUUCCAAAGGUGUUUUGUUUUAUGGGCCACCAGGUUGUGGUAAGACGCUGUUGGCCAAGGCCAUUGCUAAUGAAUGCCAAGCGAAUUUCAUCUCAAUCAAAGGACCAGAAUUAUUGACAAUGUGGUUUGGUGAAUCUGAGGCGAAUGUUCGAGAUGUCUUUGAUAAGGCUCGAAGUGCUGCGCCAUGUGUUCUGUUCUUUGAUGAACUGGAUUCAAUUGCUAAACACAGAGGAGGGAACGUUGGUGAUGGUGGCGGCGCAGCUGACCGGGUCAUUAAUCAGGUUCUUACUGAAAUGGAUGGAAUGAAUGCAAAGAAAAAUGUUUUCAUCAUUGGAGCAACAAACAGGCCAGACAUUAUCGAUGGAGCCAUAUUACGUCCUGGACGUUUAGAUCAGUUGAUUUAUAUUCCAUUACCUGAUGAACCUUCUCGAGUCUCAAUUCUAAAAGCUUGUUUAAGGAAAUCACCAGUUGCUAAGAAUGUCGAUAUGAGUUAUAUUGCUAAAGUUACACGUGGUUUUAGCGGCGCUGAUUUGACUGAGAUCUGUCAAAGGGCGUGUAAGCUUGCUAUCCGUGAGUCGAUCAUGAUGGACAUUGAACGGGAGAAAAAGCGAAGUGAAAACGCAGAUGGGAUGGAUGUCGAAGACGACGAAGAUGUUGAUGCAGUGCCAGACAUACGUCGAGAUCAUUUUGAAGAAGCGAUGAAGUUUGCUCGUCGUUCGGUCACUGAUAAUGAUAUCCGUAAAUAUGAGAUGUUCGCACAGACCUUACAACAAAGCCGGGGCCUCGGAGGAUCAAACUUCAGGUUUCCAAGUACAGUGGACAGCGGUUCAACAAAUGAGCCUGCAGGAGGUGCAGGUGGAAAUCAAUAUGAUGAUGGUGAUGAUGAUUUGUAUAGCUAAAUUAUUAUUCUGUUAUAAAUCAUACAUAGAAAUAUGAUUCUUUUUCUGUAUUCAUUUAAAUUCGGUUAAACAUAGUUGAAUAUUAAAAUAUUUUCUCUUCGGA